CCCUCCAGGCCGAAGCCCCUGCGGCCUAGUCUUCUUCCACCGCUAACGAUAUCAAACGUCAUUGUAAGACUGAACAGUCCUUCGCCCUUGCCUCUCGAAUCCGCUGCCGUGGCACUGCCGUAAUGCCGUGUUCUACCUGUUUUACCUCCGGGACCCCUUGCAUCAUGGCUCCCGAGUCCUCACGGUGCGCCGAGUGCGUGCGCCGUAAGAUUCCAUGUGACGGGUCUGAUGUUGGCUCCGCCCUGACCCGAACGAUGGAAGAGCAGGAUAGGCUCGAGCCUUAUCCGGGUAAAACGAACACGCCGCUCCUCCGUGCUCGCGAGGAGCGUCUCUUCGCGCGGGGUAUCCAGGAGGAGGAUGCCCAGGUGGCACAGUCUGCCGCUGCGGCGCCCCCUGCUUCUUCGCCGGGUGCUCCUGCGCGGCCGGACGCCGCUCAGGAUACCGUUCCGUGGUCUCCUCACGUCCCGGACCCUUCCUUAGGCCUUAACUGGCCUUCCGAUCUUUCCUUCGAUCCUAGCGUGGUUGGUCCUUCCUUCCUCGCUACGUUAGAUACCGCCAGUGGUGCGCCUUCCACUUCCCAAGGUGCCUAA